UCCCCUGGGAGCGGGGAGCGGCUCCGCGCCUGGCCGGUCCCGCACACUUGGGGGUGUCGGGGGCUCGCAGGCGCACGCGGGCAGGCUCCGGUUCCCCGCAGCGCCCAGCGGGCAUGGAGGGGAUGCAGCAGGUGGUGGGGCGGGCCGGGGCGGCCUUCAGCUCGGGACGGUGCCGCCCGCUGGAGUUCAGGAUGCGGCAGCUGAAGAACCUGGAGCGGAUGGUGCGGGAGAAGGAGAAGGAGGUCCUGGCGGCCCUGCAGUCGGAUCUGCGCGAGUGUGGGCGCAACACGUACAGCCACGAGGUCAUGGGUGUGCUGGGGAAGCUGGCCCUGGCCAUGGAGAGUCUGCCGUCCCGGGCAGCCCCUCAGCCGGUGAAGAAGACUACUGACAAGGCGUACGUCUACCCCAAGCCGCUGGGGGUGGUGCUGGUGAUCGGGGCCUGGAACUACCCCUUCAUGCUGGUCGUGCAGCUGCUGAUCGGGGCCAUCGCAGCAGGCAAUGCAGUGGUGGUGAAGCUGUCAGAGGUCAGUGAGCACACAUCCCAGCUGGUGGCAGAUCUCCUCCCUCAGUACCUGGACCAGGAGCUGUACCCGGUGGUCACAGGAGGAGUGCCUGAGACAACGGAGCUGCUGAUGCAGAGAUUCGACCACAUCCUCUACACCGGGAACAGCGCCGUGGGCAAAAUCGUGAUGGCAGCGGCUGCCAAGCACCUGACGCCCGUCACCCUGGAGCUGGGUGGGAAGAGCCCCUGCUGCAUCGACAAGGACUGCGACCUGGCUGUCACCUGCAGGCGGAUAGCAUGGGGGAAGUACAUGAACUGUGGGCAAACCUGCCUUGCCCCGGACUAUGUCCUGUGCGAGCCGUCCAUCCAGAGCCAGGUGGUGGAGUACAUUAAGGCGCCUCUGCAGAUAAUCAAGAGAGUCAUCUCAGAAACCUCCAGUAGGGGUGUUACUGGAAAUUAUGUCAUCAUGCAUUACUUGCUCUCAAGUUUACCCUUUGGUGGUGUCGGGAACAGCGGGAUGGGCGCCUACCACGGCAAGCACAGCUUUGAGACCUUCUCCCACCACCGUGCCUGCUUGAUCAAGGACCUGAAGAUGGAGGGUAUGAACAAAUUCCGGUACCCGCCUGGCAGCCAGAAGAAGCUGGAUUGGACCAAGUUCUUCAUUUUGAAGCGGUUUAACAAGGUCCGAGUUGGAUUGUCAUUGAAGUGAUUAUUGUGAAUUUCAUGUUUGUGGCUCAUUAGAUACGAAAGAUACCACAUGAAGGAGAUGAACAUUUAUUGCAUCUUUGCAGUCAGCAGGGUUAUUAAUAAGGCCCCUUUUUGCCGCAUCUUUUCAGACAAAGUUUCUGCUAGUUUGAAAUGGAAUUGAUAUUCAUCAGAAGUGCCUGACAUCUUUCUUGUAUUAUACUGGAAAAUGUGAAUCUUGAUCGGGAUGUUUACCUGUUCAUGUAAUACCUAAACAGACGGGGUAGAUUUGUCAUUUAACCAACUAAUGAAUUUCAUAAUAUUUUCUAUAUAAAAUAGAAAGAGAACAAGUGGCUCAAAGGGGAAUAAAGCUAUUACAUUGGG